AUGGCCGGUAUAGAUGGCAUGGCGUUCACAGCUAGCGGACUACCCCUCCCUGCGAACAAAGAGAACGGCACUUUCUGCUGGCAGGACAUGGCGAACGAGGCGGGGUCGACGGAUUUCUUUGACCAAUACGUUGAGCUUGGAGACUCGGACGCGGAAUCACGCGGAGAAGGGGUCGGCCGCCUCGGCCAGUACUACGGCGCGUCGGAGCUGACAAUCUCGCCACAUCCACCCGCUGGGCAUGUGCCUCCCGCCGAUGAAGUUGGGCCAGUGGCGGGAAUCGUGCCUAAUCCGCAAGGUCGCCUGCUUCCCGCAGGGGCCAUAGACGCUGGCAGUACUGCUAGCUUGACCACGUAUCCGACACCGUCGACGGCGAAAUUUCCGCGGCCACGGCCCGAACAGAACCCUCUUCAUCGAGGAAUAUCCAGCAUGGCAGGAUUCAGUGGUCAAGAAACCAAGCUAGAACAGCCGGCUCCCCCUAUCGGCCUUGGUGAGGCGCGCAGUGCCGGGGGUUCUAUUUCGGACUCAGAGCUGCUGAGACUUGAAGGCCUCAGUAUGCGAUCGCCGCGUGUUCAAAUGCACCCGUCUGCGUCUGUGCCUGCGACACCUCCUUCACAAUCUCCCAGCCCUCGCAAAGCUGGCCGGUUGCACGAGUUUUGCUCCAAGAUCCGCAGCAAGGCGGCGGCGUUGCCCGGGAAGAGACAACAGCCGGAAGCCAAGGCGAAAUCAGACUCGCUAAGUCCGCUCGAGAUUCCCAUCAUCAACAGCAAGGCGGGUUUUGUCAACGGCUUCCUUGAUGAUCCUUUUAUACCGGAUGGCCUCCCGGGAACGCAGUUCGUCCAGCCUUUUCAGGCCGGCAGCACGCUGCCUCAGACCCCCCUGCAGACCCCUUUGCUGGAUAGCAUUCCGGUGUGGCAAAUGCCGCUGUCCGCUCCUAACAACAAGCCGCUUUGGGUACCAGACUCUUCUCAGUACUUUGUCGGCGCUAAUUCCGCUACCAACAACAAUUGGUGGGAACCUCCAGCCGAUGUGAUGGAUACGGAUCCGCCUUCGAUCCCCUUACCGCUAUCCUACCCGGCUGCCACAAAUGCCCGCAAUGCGUCCCUCAACCUCGCCAAUGCGCUUAAUAAUCAACAGAGCUUUGAGUAUCCCGCGCCCCCGGGCACCGAAAACGGAAGCUUUACCUCGGGAGGUCUUAUGAUUCACAUGCCGCAGCCGCGGGCGGGCCCUUCGCCCGUCCUUUACAACGACUCCGCCAGCCAGGGACUAACCCGCACAGAUCAGCACCACCGCCGACCGAAGCCGCGCGCGCCGUCGUCUGGAGCCCGCCAUCAUCAUUACAACGCCAACGGCACAGGCUUCUCCCCACGAAAGGCCCGCGCCGCAAGCGGCAGCUCACGCGGUUUCGAGCCCAAUUCCCCCAGCCCAACCACCCCUUCGCAAGCACCAGGAGCAGGAACAACAGGAACAACAGCAAUUGCCACCUCGUACCCCCCAACCUCCCCUAGUAUAGGCCGCCUCCACCGGCGUAGCGCAUCGAUGCAGACCCUCUCGCAGACGGGGCUGCCGUCGGAGCCGCCCACCGCAAUCCGCAAACGCCGCAGCUGGACUGGCCGCCGCACCACCACCUCCUCA